CAUUUCACUCGCCGUAAACUCAAGAAGAAGGAAGAUCAUCAUCAUCAUCCAUGGGUCGUGUCAUCAGAGCUCAACGUAAGGGAGCAGGCUCCGUCUUCAAGUCCCACACUCACCACCGCAAGGGCCCCGCCAAGUUCAGGAGCCUCGACUUCGGCGAGAGAAAUGGUUACCUCAAGGGUGUCGUCACCGAGAUCAUCCACGAUCCGGGUCGUGGUGCUCCGUUAGCUCGCGUCGCCUUCCGUCAUCCUUUCCGUUACAAGAAGCAGAAGGAGCUCUUCGUCGCCGCCGAAGGUAUGUACACGGGACAGUUCUUGUACUGCGGUAAGAAGGCCACUCUCGUUGUCGGAAAUGUUCUGCCUCUCAGAUCUAUCCCCGAGGGAGCUGUUGUCUGCAACGUCGAGCACCAUGUUGGUGAUCGUGGUGUGCUCGCUAGGGCUUCUGGUGAUUACGCUAUCGUCAUCUCUCACAACCCCGACAACGACACGACCAGGGUUAAGUUGCCAUCUGGAUCGAAGAAGAUUGUCCCAAGUGGAUGCAGGGCCAUGAUUGGUCAAGUCGCUGGUGGUGGAAGAACCGAGAAGCCGAUGCUCAAGGCGGGUAACGCAUACCACAAGUACCGUGUGAAGAGGAAUUGCUGGCCUAAGGUUCGUGGUGUGGCUAUGAACCCUGUUGAGCAUCCCCACGGAGGAGGUAACCAUCAACAUAUUGGUCACGCCAGUACCGUUCGUCGUGAUGCACCACCUGGGCAAAAGGUUGGUCUUAUUGCUGCAAGGAGGACUGGUCGUCUCAGAGGUCAAGCUGCUGCUCUUGCCUCCAAGCAAGAAUAAGGAGAUAAAUCUUCAGGAUGAUGAAGUUGUUUACUUUUUUUGUUGGAUUUUUGCUGAGACCUUGUUUUGAAUCCUUUAGAUUUUCUAUAAUCUUCUUUGAGACCUUUGUCUUGAGAAUUAAACCUCCAUAUUAUCAGUUUAAAUUUCGUUAUUCAGUU